UUGUCCAGCACGAAUCGUCAGUUCCUGAGGAUUGGAUGCAUCAAAGUUGUGCAACACGUUCACUUCUAGUGGAUUAACCCAUCGGCUGGGAUCAGCAGACACUGCGAAAAGAAUUAAACUAACACCAUCAUUUUGACAGCUGCGUUGUUUGGCGAAAGAGGUAAAAGGGAAUUCCAACCAACCCUUGGUUCAGCGGCGGCAUUUGCAUGUGGUACCGGAGGAUUGCAAGCCGGUUUUGGUGGCAUCCGGCGAGUGGUUGUUAGGUUAUGCCUCUCUCGAUGUGUUAGCACACACCAUUCCCGCGAAGAUGCCGUCGUCUCCCAAGCGUAGGAAGGAACGCGAGCGGCCUCGACGCCGUAAACGCUCCAGAGACCGCGGCGAAAGGGAGCGAUCCGUUGGGCGUGAUCCGCAACGUAUACGUUCAUCCGAGCGGGAAAGGGAUCGAGAGCGGGACCGCAGCAGGCGGAAGUCCAGAUCCAGAUCGAGAUCGCGUUCGAGAUCGAGGUCAUACGAGCGCAACCUCGACAAGCCGAUGCCAUCAACGUCCUCCCGACGUGCUGCACAAAUGAAGCCGAUGAUUUCAGAAUCAGAGCUGGAAGGCAAAACGCCGGAGGAGCAAGAGAUGCUAAAGACCAUGGGCUUCUGUGGGUUCGACACUACGAAAGGAAAGAAGGUGGAAGGUAAUGACGUAGGCGAAGUGCAUGUUAUAUUGAAACGCAAGUACCGGCAGUAUAUGAAUCGCAAGGGAGGCUUCAAUCGCCCGUUGGAUUUCGUUGCGUAACACAAACUGCCUCAGCGAUUCGGCGAUGUUCUGUUCAUUACUAUUGCACCUGCAUCAUUAUUGUCAGCGAUGGUUUCUGGCCACCUAACGACAGCCGUAAGCUACCAAAUUCCGCUGAAAUUGCCAGACAAAGUAAACAUCCGUGCGCUUCGACUAGUGAUCGACGAUCGGACCUUUCGUCCUACUGGCGAAGGGUCUGCUAAAUGUAUCGAUCAACGUUCAGGUCGUUGAUUUUUUCCUUUUACUUCUAACCCAUCACAACUUGUUAGCAACCGCCUACAGCGCGGAUUCCUUUAUCAUUUCAUCAUUACAGUUAACAGAUUCUUUUUUCGCAUCAUUUCAAUUAUAAUUUUUUACGCCAUGACGGUAUAUUUAAAUGUUUCCACAAACAGCCUUGCGUGCCUACUUGUGCCCUUGUGCACAACCUGGUUUUUGGAUACGUGCCACACAUAGCCAAACAAUAGUCAACCAACUGAUCACCUCUCACACACCUGCAAACACUAACCACAACAGUAACUGCCACGGGUUCCACAAUACAACAAUAGCUAUUUUUUCAUAUACACCAAAUCAAAAUUUACCACACACAACCAACAAACACAAUGCAAUAGCCAAAACGCGACACUGUGUCGCUUGUGGAUGCGAGAUACAACAUUUGCGGUUUAGGAAAAGCAUUCCAUUUCCGAAUGCUGAUGUGCGUCAGUAACUUGGGUGCCUUCUGUAGCUAACAAUGGGUUGACCAUUUCAUACCUGGUUUCGUUCAGACUUUAUUAAUGUUGAACCAAUUCGGCAUCACUAUUGAAUAUUUGAAAUAGCAAGUAUAAGACCCAACUUUUAAUGUCCAGCUUCUAUUUAUGUACCGCAUAUAUUGACGGUAUACAUGAAGUAUUUUACUAUCCCAAAUUACCUAUUCUGGCAAAUACUUACCUGUUGCUUUGCCAUACCAAGUUUCGGCCGUACAUCGCUUAAGCAUCGGAAAAAGCCACAGAAUACGUCACCCGACGUUCGUUGUAUCUUGCGCCACGUGCGAUUACGGGUCGCGUCCUCAAUAUACCUCAACAAACCACACGAAACAAUAGAUACAAAUAUCAGCAAAUUUAAAUAUACCUCAUAUUUUUAGCAAGUAAGAACUGUAGAUUUACUGUACGUGUAUCUCUCGACUGUGGUGCGGUAGAAAUCGCCCAACUGUUCCGUUUCAUUUCUGUUUUCUUUUUCCCACAAUUCUGUAAAACCGAAGUAACUAAUCACUUGUCUGUAAAACGGUUCAAUAAAUCAUAAGCAAGCGAAUUAUUAAAGAAUGAAAUAAAUGAAGAUAUAA